AUGUUCAAAAAUACUUUUCAAAGUGGAUUUCUUUCAAUACUCUACAGCAUUGGGAGUAAACCCCUACAGAUCUGGGACAAAAAGGUACGAAAUGGUCACAUAAAACGCAUAACAGACAAUGACAUCCAGUCACUAGUUUUGGAAAUUGUUGGCACAAAUGUCAGCACAACAUUCAUUACUUGUCCGGCAGAUCCAAAAAAGACAUUGGGUAUCAAAUUACCAUUCUUAGUCAUGAUCAUCAAAAAUUUGAAGAAGUAUUUCACAUUUGAAGUUCAGGUUUUAGACGACAAAAAUGUGCGAAGGCGGUUCCGUGCCAGUAAUUACCAAAGCACAACGAGGGUAAAGCCUUUCAUCUGCACCAUGCCCAUGAGGCUGGAUGAUGGCUGGAAUCAAAUCCAGUUCAAUCUGUCUGACUUCACACGUCGGGCAUAUGGUACAAACUACAUUGAGACUCUCAGGGUUCAGUUUAAGCUUUAUCUUCCUGUGCAACAGAAAAAAUAG